AUGUAUUUUCCAGACCUGGGCUUGCUGAUCGUUGAAGAGGAACAUAGAUUGGGAUUUAAUCGAAAGGAGAAGACUCGGGCCCGAUACCGCGGUAUUGAUGCGCUCUUUAUUUCAGCUACGCCAAUUCCACGCACAUUUCACUUAUAUGAUGAUUUUGGAAAGCAAUCAGUUGUCGAUCUGGUGCUAAGUGGAAGGGAAAUUGCAGUUACAGAGGAUAAUAGUGUAUAUGUACGGUUGGUGACGGAAGUGCGUAUGACGAAGGCGAUCGAGAAGCAGAUUGAAGCUUUCAAAAAGGGAUUCUACGAGCUCAUUCCCUACGACGACAUUAGGAUCUAUAACGAGCUCGAGCUAGAACUACUCAUGUCAGGGUUGCCAGACAUUGACAUGGCUGACUUGAAAGCGAAUGUAGAAUAUACAGGCUACACUGCCGCAUCACCGCCGAUCACAUGGUUCUGGAGAUGUAAUCAUAACAUGGAUCAAGAAGACCUGGCGCGUCUCGUGAUGUUUGUGACAGGAAACAGCAAAGUGCCCUUGGAGGGCUUUGAGACGCUUCCGGGUAUGAAUGGGGUGCAAAAAUUCCAGAUUCAUUAUGUCUCCGGGAACACAGUGCGCCUUCCCUUGGCUCAAACUUGCUUCAAUCCAAUGGAUUUGCCAGAGUAUAGAAGCGCAGAGAUUUUUUUCAAACUGCUUCAUGCAGUCCGGGAAUGCAUCGUUGGGUUUGGAUUUGCGUUCGGCGGAAACUAG